CAGUCUACAAGUGAAAGACUGCUCUUCCUCCUGUGCUCAUCAGACUGGUCUCCAGGGACUCUUCGGUGCUCCUUGCGCAGAGGCACCAUUACCAAAAGCAGGCAGCUGGGCUGAGUCUGACAAUCCUUCUUCGUCAAAAGCAUUCAUUGAGGACAUUGUUCUGAUUCUGAUAUCAGCAUUGCUACAACCCAGUAGUAUUCCUUACCCAAAGACAAUGCUAUAAUGUCAUUAGAAGUGGCUUUAAGGACAAUCUUAGGAGGAAGGUAUCAAACAGAUGACAGUCACCUAUUCCAGUAAAGUGGCAAAUGCCACAUUCUUUGGGUUCCAUCGACUGCUGCUCAAGUGGAGAGGUAGCAUUUACAAAUUGCUGUACAGAGAGUUCUUUCUGUUCAUCAGUUUAUAUACCACAUUGAGUGUUAUAUACAGAUUUUUUCUUACAGAUACUCAAAAACGUUAUUUUGAAAAGCUAGCACUUUACUGUGACAGAUAUGCAGAACAAAUCCCAGUUACCUUUGUCCUAGGUUUUUAUGUCACUCUUGUAGUGAAUCGAUGGUGGAAUCAGUUCGUAAAUCUUCCUUGGGCUGACCGACUUAUGUUACUCAUCUCUAGCUAUGUACAUGGAAGAGAUGAGUAUGGACGAUUACUUCGCAGGACACUUAUGCGUUACGUGAAUCUUACAUCGCUGCUUAUUUUCCGCUCUGUUAGCACUGCAGUAUACAAACGAUUCCCAACCAUGGACCAUGUUGUGGAAGCAGGAUUUAUGACAUCAGAUGAAAGAAAAUUAUUUGACAGCCUGCAGUCUCCUCAUCUUAAAUACUGGGUGCCAGUCAUUUGGUUUGGAAAUUUAGCUUCAAAGGCCAGGACUGAAGGGAGAAUUCGUGACAGUGUUGAUCUACAAAUAAUGUUAAAUGAGAUGAACCGUUAUAGGUCGUGGUGUGGUUUACUCUUUGGUUACGAUUGGGUUGGUAUUCCUCUGGUGUACACACAGGUAGUUACACUGGCUGUGUAUACAUUCUUUUUUGCUUGCAUUAUUGGACGUCAGUUUUUAGACCCUAGUCAAUCAUACACAGGACAUGAUCUGGAUCUCUAUAUUCCCAUAUUCACUCUCCUGCAGUUCUUUUUCUAUGCAGGCUGGUUAAAGGUGGCUGAGCAGCUCAUUAACCCAUUUGGUGAAGAUGAUGAUGAUUUUGAGACUAACUGGUGCAUAGAUAGAAAUCUACAGGUUUCCCUCUUGGCUGUAGAUGAAAUGUAUAUGAACUUACCAAAGAUGAAUAGAGACAUCUAUUGGAAUGACACUGAUGCACGACCACCAUACACACUGGCAGCUGCUGACUACUGUAUUCCUUCAUUUUUGGGAUCAACAGUCCAUAUGGGACUUCCUGACUCUGUUUUUCUACAUGAAGACUGGUUUCUAGAUGAGGAAAAACACAAAAGACAAAAUUCUGUUCUUCGAAGAGUAAAGAGGUUUUUAAGUUUUCAUGAACAUCCCGAGUCUCCUGUCAGAUCUACAUACAGUCGACAAGAAAGUGAUGCAUCAAAUAUGUUUUUCCCUACUGAACCAAGUUAUAUUGGUAGUUUCCAUGAUGUCCCUCCUCAAAGAUCCCACUUAUUACAUGGUAAAAGACGUGAAUCUGUUGAGAAAAAUUCUAAGCUGGGAAUUCAUAGGGCUGAUCUAUCUGUUAUUCGGGAAUCUAGCAGAUCAAAUACAUCACAAAGGCAGUCUUCUGGUGAUAGCAAUACACAUAUUUCUCCCCUACAAGUGCCUCACGUUGUGAUUACUACAGCUUCUGAAACUGUUCUCCAGAGUUAUGCCAAGUUGCAGUCAACUCCACCUGUAGACAUAUAUAAACAAGAAAAUGCAGACCACAGUCAGUAUGAAGAGAAAAAAGAUGGACAGCAGCCUAUGGAGCUUCUUUCCAAAGAGAAUGACCAAGAGGUUUCAGAAAAGAUGCAAGUAGAUGUAGAAAAGGAAAAAGCAGAAAAGACCAUUAAAGAACAACAGGAACCUUUCCAAAGAUGGAGUGAAACACUGUCUCCAACGCAAAAUCUUCUGUCAAGCGCACAACCACCAAGUACAUUAUUGCAGAACAUCCCUCUGACUUUAGCAAAUGAAGCUUCUGUACAAGAAAAUAACUCGUCAUUAAGUCCAACUGAUGAAGUGCUGCAUUUAUUAGAACAUAUCAAUGCUAAAGAAACUGAUAUAGUGGAUUUUCAUGAUGAAAAGAAAUAAAGUGUGUAGAACAAUUUGAUAACUGAAACCUUAAUAGAGAAAAGAAAUGCUUUUACAAACAUAUUUGGAAUAUUAAAAGGAUUCUUUAUAACAUUUGUCCUCUUCUUUGGGCUAAUGUUGUGUAAAGGUAUGUAAUGUAACUUGUACAGUAUUCUAGACUUCUUGGUAUCAUAGAGGGAGGUCCACUGCUUGUGGCCUUCCUCUGUUACCCAGGAUGGAGAGACGCUAACAAAUAAAAGCUGUGGUCGACCUGACCCAUCCGUGUAUUAUAUGGGUGGACAUUUACUUGAAUGGCUGGCAUCUACAGUGGGAUGCGAAAGUUUGGGCAACCUUGUUAAUCGUCAUGAU